GAUGAGCUUACAGGAAUUGAUCCUUUGGGUGAAGAUGCCACCAUACCAAGUUUCAGGAACGUAACCAUUGGUCCUAACCCUGAGGACACUUGUUACUUUGUUAGAGCGCCUCGGUUUGCAUCUACUCCUUUCCAUGAGAUACCGUCCUUGCAGGGCAUCCCUUCCGAUCCCGAGAGACUGUUGCAGGAAGAGGAUCUGGAUGGGAAGACCACUGAGGUUCAUCACACUGCGCUGGCCACUAUUUAUAACCAGACCCUCAGCAUCAAGAAGCUGAGCCCAAUUAUUGAAGACAGUCGUGAAGCUACACACUCAUCCGGCUUCUCUGGAUCCUCUGCUUCCGUUACAAGUACCUCCUCCAUCAAAGGCCUGCAGCUCCAUGAGAAACUGGAGCUCACUAAUGAUGCGGCAGAAAAUGCUAUUCAGUCACCCUGGUGUUCACAAUAUCGACUACAACUACUAAAAUCCCUCCCAGAGUCAAGUACUUUUGCAGAAUUCUCUAUGGAAGAUAGACCAAUGCCUACCCUGGAAACGGGGAAGGAAAUUGAGUUAGGUAACGAAAACUACUGCAUUAAGCAAGAAUACCUAAUAUGUGAAGAUUACAAGUUAUUCUGGGUGGCACCAAGACACUCAACAGAGUUAACCAUGAUCAAGGCAUCUUUUCAACCUGUCCCAUGGGAUUUUUAUAUCAACCUCAAGUUAAAGGAACGUCUAAAUGAGGACUGUGAUCAGCUUUGUAGCUAUUUUCAGUACCAAGAUGGCCAUAUCGUUUGGUACCAAUAUAUAAAGUGUUCCACCCUUCAGGAUCUUCUCCAACACAGUGAAUUUGUGACUCAUGAAAUAAUAGUCCUGAUUAUUUAUAACCUCUUGACAAUAGUGGAGAAGCUUCACAAAGCUGAAAUAGUUCAUGGAGACUUGAGUCCCAGGAGUCUGAUCCUAAGAAACAGAAUCCACGAUCCUUAUGAUUGCAAUAAGAACGAUCAGGCUGUGAAGAUCGUGGACUUUUCCUACAGUGUUGACCUGAGGGUGCAACUAGAUGCUUUUUCCUUCAAUGGCUUUCGGACUGUACAGACCCUGGAAGGACAAAACAUCCUGGAGAACUGUUCUCCCUACCAGGUAGAUCUAUUGGGUAUAGCAAACCUAGCACACUUACUGUUGUUCAAGGAACACCUACAUGUCUUCUGGGAUGGGCUCCUCUGGAAACUUAGCCAGAAUACUUCAGAGCUAAAGGAUGGUGACUUAUGGAAUAAAUUCUUUAUGCGGAUUCUGAAUGCCCAUGAUGAGUCCACGGUGUCUGUUCUGAGGGAACUUGCAGCAGAAAUGAAUGGGGUUUUUGAUACCACGUUCCACAGUCACCUGGACAAAGCCUUGUGGAAGGUGGGGAAGGUAAUUAGUCCUGGAGCUUUGCUCCUUCAGCAAGACCAGCAGUCAAGCCUCUCCCAGAGCCCUGUCGUUUAAUUGGAGCACACUUACACACACUACCAGUCCUUUCUACCAGAACUUUACUCUAAGUGGCAACUUUUAACAGAAUGCUGUUCCCUGACAGCCUUAUCUGUUUGAUUCAAAAUGGAUUUCAUACAAAUGGGUACUUCUUAACCCUUUUGUUUCUACUUUCCCCUCUACUUUUCUCUUUUGUAAUUUUAUAACAUGUACUCUUGCACUCACCAUGUAUUUUAUAAUAAAAUAGUUUUUGUUAAA